UACUGUUUAAACACUGAAAGAGCCAAGAUGGCGGAAUCUGAGGAGCCAAAGAAGGGCCCUUGCACUUUUUUGUUUAAAAAAUCGACUAAGAAGUUCUCCGGACGAAAGAGAAAAGCAAGCGACAGCGACAAAGAUGACAACAGUGAUGAGGACCAGAGCUCUGUGGUCAGGAAAGAAAGGAAAGGCCUCAAAGUCAACCCCAUGAUUCAAAGGACAAAGAAGGUGGAAAAAGAUGCUGUGUCUACCAGUGAAAGUGAAGAAGAGAAAGAAGACAAGAAAAUCACUGUUGCUUACAAGUCCACACGAUCAGCAAAACCAGAGGGACCAGAGGACAUGGGUGCAACUGCUACUUAUGAACUGGACACAGAGAAAGACAAGGAUGCCCAGGCCAUUUUUGAGAAAAGUCAGAAAAUCCAAGAGGAGCUAACAGGUAAAGAAGACGAUAAAAUCUACCGUGGCAUUAAUAACUACCAAAAAUUCAUCAAACCAAAAGAUACCACCAUGGGAAAUGCCUCCUCUGGCAUGGUUAGAAAAGGACCAAUCAGAGCCCCUGAACACCUGAGAGCCACAGUGAGGUGGGACUACCAGCCAGACAUCUGCAAAGACUAUAAGGAAACCGGGUUCUGUGGUUUUGGAGACAGCUGCAAGUUUCUCCAUGACAGAUCGGACUACAAACAUGGCUGGCAGAUUGAGAGGGAACUGGAAGAGGGCAGAUAUGGGGCAAAUGAUGAUGAGAACUACGAGGUGAGCAGCGAUGACGAGGAUUUGCCCUUCAAAUGCUUCAUCUGCAGGGAGUCCUUCAAGAAUCCUAUUAUUACAAAGUGUCGGCACUACUUCUGUGAGGUCUGCGCUCUCCAGCAUUACCGCAAGUCCAAGCGUUGCUAUGUGUGCAACACUCAAACCAACGGUGUCUUCAAUCCAGCUAAAGAACUGAUGGCCAAGAUGGAGAAACGUCAGGCCGCAGCAGACCAGCCACCGUCAGAGGAGGAAGAUUAACAUCAUCUUAACCUCUUUAACCCCUAUCCUUAUGUGUUUUUCCAUGUACGUAUAUUCAGAAUAAAAUAUUUUUUUCUAGGUG